AUGUCUUUUCGGAAUUUGGAAGAACAACUAGCAAGAUGGAUGGAACGUCUACAACAAUAUGACUUUGAUGUCCUUUAUCGUAGGGAAAGGUUCACAAUAAUGCCGACGGACUUUCUAGACGUCCAUGUCUGUAGGAUUUAUGCCGCUCAACUCCAAGAUGCAGUUGUUUCUAAAAUUGUUCAUUUCAAGGAGGCCGGAACUCGUCCAGAUUGGCAGGAGAUUGCUUUUGAUGAUCCUUCUUUGAAAAUCUAUUGGUCUUAUUGGGAUACUCUAUUGCUGAUCGAUGGAGUUCUUCAUAAGAAGUGGAUUUCCCCGAAUUUGCAAAAGAAUGUCUUUCAAAUUGUGGUUCCUCGUCAAAGAAUACAUGAAAUCUUAAAAGAAGCUCAUGAUUCUCCCUCAGGGGGACAUUUUGGACCACUGGGAAAAGGAAAAUCUCCUAUGGAAAUCUAUAAUGUGGGAGCUCCUUUUGAAAGAAUACAAGUGGAUAUUCUUGGUCCUUUACCAACUUCUUCUUCUGAGAAUAAAUACCUUUUGGUGGUAGUGGAUUGUUUCUCCAAAUGGCCAGAGGCUGUCCCUUUAAAGAAUAAAAGGGCCAACACUGUCGCGAGAUCGCUUGUGGAUCAGGUGUUUUCACGUCAUGGAAUUCCCUUGGAAUUACAUACAGACCAAGGAAGGAAUUUUGAAUGUCAUCUUUUUAAGGAGAUGACUUUACUUCUCGGAAUAAGAAAGUCACGAACAGUGUUGGCUUAUCGUUCUUCGAAACAAGAAGCUAUUGGAAUGUCUCCUGUUGAAAUGUAUUUGGGACAAGAUCUUCGUUUACCUCUAGAUCUACUUAGAGGAGUUUCCCCUUCUACGGAGGAGGAGAAGGAUAGUGCGGGUUUUGUUUCCAAGCUAAGAUAG